GUUAAACCAGACCUGACCUUUGUCAUGAGUUAAUAUUGCUCUAUGCAAUGAAAAUGCCAGAGUGUUUGCUGGACCUGCCUCGUCUCCAAACCAUGGGAUCUAUCCGUCUCCUUUGCAUACUUUGUUUGAUCUUCUCCCCAUGUAGCAGAGGCACAAGGUCUCGGAGGCCGAAUCGGAGGGGCGAGGGCCCUAUCGACAGGAUCCAGGCGCAGAACAACUUUAAUGUUCAGCAGGUCAGGUGAUGUAUUGCUGCUGUAACAAGUGGAAGCUGCUGGACACCAAAGUGAUUCAGAACGAACACAUCAGUAUUUACAGGGGUGUGGCAUCUCAUUUCUGUUGGGUCAAAGUGUUCCUAUCUGAAGCUUAACAACCACCGUCUGGAGGCAGUUACUAUGAAGGUAACCAAUCAGGAUGAAGAUAUUCGCAUCAAUACGUUACGUAAACUGGAUGGACUGUGCUGGGACAUUAAACAAGACUUUAGGAAGGGUGCAACUCCUGGGAGAUUCUCCAGGACAAAUCGAGGAUUAAAGACCGACAUUGUCAUCGCUGAAACGGAUUACACCAACUAUGCAAUCCUUUUCCUUCAACAAAGGAGGAAAAUCACUGUCAAACUCUAUGGGAGAGGCAUCGAAGUUAGCGAAUCUGUGUGGUCGAAGUUCCGUCAAUUUGUCAUCGACAACAACAUUCCAGAAAUUUUCAUUUACGCCUUCCCUCGAUAUGGGCACUGCAGUGCAGCUGAUGAGUUCCAUCUGCUUGAUGACGAUUUUGGAAAGUCUUGAAACAAGAAGCCACGAGCCUUAUUAAGUAGGCCCAGAAACGAAGGCAAAUUUCAUGGUGUUUCUGCUAUUGGAUCUAAGCAACAUCAGUUUUUCUGCCCUGUCAGUUUAUCAAAUAAAGUUG